GGCGAUUGGCGGAGAAGGCGACAGUCGUCCCAGCGAAGGCGACGACAGGGCGGCCUCAGGAGUCGGGACCAGCCGGAGCGCGUCACCCCUUACCGCUGCGGUGGUCGCUCGCGUUCAGCCGGCCCGGUCCGUGCCGCCCCGGACUGCUGCGGCCGCCGCGGAACCAUGGCUGUGCUUGCGGUGCUCCUGCCCCUCUUGGCUGCGGGUGUUUUGGGGAACGAGUUUAGUAUAUUAAGAUCACCAGGGUCUGUUGUUUUCCGAGAUGGAAAUUGGCCUCUACCAGGAGAGCGAAUCCCAGACGUGGCUGCAUUGUCCAUGGGCUUCUCUGUUAAAGAAGACCUUUCUUGGCCGGGACUCGCGGUGGGUAACCUGUUCCAUCGUCCUCGGGCUACCGUUAUGGUGUUGGUGAAGGGAGUAGACAAACUCGCUCUACCCCCAGGCAGUGUCAUUUCAUACCCUCUGGAGAAUGCAGUUCCUUUUAGUCUUGACAGCGUUGCAAAUUCCAUUCACUCCUUAUUUUCUGAAGAAACUCCUGUAGUUUUGCAGUUGGCUCCCAGUGAGGAGAGAGUGUAUAUGGUGGGGAAGGCGAACUCAGUUUUUGAAGAUCUCUCGGUGACAUUACGACAGCUCCGCAAUCGCCUGUUUCAAGAAAACUCUGUUCUCAAUUCACUUCCCCUCAAUUCUCUGAGUAGGAACAAUGAAGUUGAUCUGCUCUUUCUCUCUGAAUUACAAGUGCUACAUGAUAUUUCAAGUUUGUUGUCUCGACAUAAGCAUCUAGCCAAGGAUCAUUCUCCUGAUUUAUAUUCGCUGGAGCUGGCAGGUCUGGAUGAAAUUGGGAAACAUUAUGGGGAAGACUCUGAACAAUUCAGAGAUGCUUCCAAGAUCCUUGUCGAUGCUCUGCAAAAGUUCGCAGAUGACAUGUACAACCUUUAUGGUGGGAAUGCCGUGGUGGAGUUAGUGACUGUCAGAUCAUUUGACACAUCUCUUGUGAGGAAGACAAGGACUAUUCUUGAGGCAAAACAAGAGAGGAAUCCACCAAGCCCCUAUAACCUUGCAUAUAAGUAUAACCUUGAGUAUCCAGUGGUUUUCAACAUGGUACUUUGGAUAAUGAUCGCCUUGGCCUUGGCUGUGAUUGUCACCUCUUACAAUAUCUGGAACAUGGAUCCUGGAUAUGACAGCAUUAUUUAUAGGAUGACAAACCAGAAGAUUCGAAUGGAUUGAACUUUCCUUAUGCCAAACAUAGAAAAGGGGUUUGGAAAUUGGCUAACUCUUUUAGUAUAGUUGAAAGUAGAUGGUAUACUUUAAAUUUAUAAAAAAGAAGAAAAUUUUUGUUCUGUGUGCCUGUGAUGUUCUUUUAAAGUGAAUAUUGCUGUGGAUUAAUUUGUGUGAUUAGAUUCUAGAAUAUGCUCAAAUAUGAUAUAACCAUUUAAUAUAAUUUCAUUCCAUUUAAUAUUUGGAAUUGUGCACUGAAAUAAAUGUAAAACAUUUAGAAUAGCUUGUGUUAUUUAUGUUGGGAAAAUGCACUGAAUUAGAGAAACUUAUGAGUGUUUAAUAACCUCCUUACACAGGAUAGGUGAAAGUGAUAUGUGGGCUGUUAUAUCCUAUGAACCAUUUGUAAAUGUCUUAAUUUGAUGUAAAUAUCUCUGCAACAAGAUAGGAGCUUUUUAACUUCAAGUAGCCCUAAACUAUGAGAGUGCUUAUUACAGUUACUUAGAUUGGGCACUGCAUCUGACUGACAGAGGAUAGCUGUUUUUUAACCUCUUCUGAAAGUUUGGUGAUGCAGGUCAUGGUGUUGAUGAUCUACACUGAUCCACAAAGAAACUAGCUUUGUGGAGUUUAUAGAUACCUGUAAUUAUAUACACAAAAACCAAUAUUUGGGGGACAUCUUGGGGCUUGAAUAUAAAAUCUUUUAGUAACUCCCCCCCGUGCAAGUUACUAUUAAUAAUUUGUGGUACAACGUCAUUCUCUAGAAUAUUAAGUGGAAGUAGAUGCUCCCUACUUUUCAUGCGGAAGUGGACCAAUGUCUAUAAAGAGUGACAAAUAAAGUUAAUAAUGGUUCCAAA